CAGACGGUAAGCUUAUGUACGGUACUGUAGAAUGUCAAAGCCGAGGUUUGGAUUGUUGAUCAUUCAAAAUCUGAGUUGCCUCGCUACAUGUAGACUAUGAUCGAUAGACUACAACAAUGCUUUCUGGCAUGGUUACUGUACUAUUGGGCGAUUGGAGUGGGACCGCAUGCUGCUUUUUUAAAAUAUCGAAUUGUAAUUAGGAUUCAUUGCGCAUCUUCCGGGAUGGAGGCAACGAACAGACGCACAACCGUCAUGGAGUAAGACGAUCCCCUUCCACGGCAGCUAGUAUCUUGGUCGUCAUAGUCUGCCGCCUUGUAUCGGUCCAACCGGUAUACUAGUACUGACCUGUUGCCCAGGUGUCUUCAUCCAGCUUGCCCUUCCGGGGAUGUGCAAUUUAUAUGUCAACCUGCAAACUUGCUUUCACCGGUAGUAGCCAUGAUCAGCCAUUGCCCGAAGGAGUACCGUACCAGCCCUUCAUCCUUUCACCAUUGACACGUCGUGGCGAGUUUGGAAAGAGCCAGCUUGCGUCAUUUAAUUAUUGCGUGCAGAUCUCAGCUUCGUGCAUCAUGCAUCUGUCUCUAGCUAGCUGUAGCUAGAUCCUACAUUCGUUCUUCUGCUCUUUCUUCUACCUGGUUGUCUGCCGCUGACAAGCACCUCCUGAUACUCCUAAUAGUUUUGAAGGCGGAUCGUGUGCCAGUACUGUACCAGGUAUGCUUUUGAGACUCCAUCCACCCAUACCCGUACCGUAAAAGUAUCGUAGCUUGGGAAGGAUAAGACUGGUCGAUAGGCGCCAGUCCAAAGUACAGCAUUUUAAAAGCACUGCAUAAGCACUGCCAUGAAGAUGUACAAAGGAAUUGUUAGUGACGCCAGGGCGGUGAUAAUCUUUGGUGCCGCCGACUAUUCUUUUGGUCGAAGUGACAGUUUGCGGUUUGGAGUUGCCACCCCUCGAUGGCUAGUAGUGGUACUAGCUAGCAUCUGGCUUGCCCCUGCUGCGUGCUGGCUACUAGCUAGCUACUAUUAGUGUAUCGUACCAGAAAAGGUAUUUAUUGCAAUAGAUCUCUCCGCGGGCUGGAUUGCUGUUGCGCUUGCUCCCCUGGGAGUGUGGCCGAUUGAAUGACCCAGUUCAACGUAUUCAGCGUAAGCCCUUCCCAAAAUCGUCCUCCCUAAAAUUUCGUUCCUCUCGUGACGCCAAAGUUGCUCGCCUCAAGACUCAUCUCCAGCGCAUAUGACGAAAAAGUAUUCUCGCUUUGUUUGUGAGAAAAGUGGCAAAGACGAGAUUUUUUAAAGGUACCGCCAUGCUGAAGAAAUGGCUGAAGAAACGGCGGAAGGCGAGUGGCAGCAGAAGAGGCGACAGCGACACACCCCAGGCUCCCGCGACGAGAGUGGAUGGAGCUCCUUCAAACAGUCGAGCUGGAAAGUCCCGUCGAUCAUCAAAGACUGGAUCAAGUGACCGCAAAAAGAGCAAAGCUAGGAGCCCUGCGAGGAAGCCCCAAUACACAAACAUCGAAACAGAGCAGCAUACGCCUCCGUACCCUCAUGAGCCCUCCACAGACGGGAGAAGGAAAUCAAACAAAAACCAUCACGCAGAGACCUCUGAUACCUCCAACAAAAGGAAUAGGUUGCUUGUCAACCCGACUCAUAACUCUGCUGUGAAGAAAGAAAAGAAAGAGCAAGAUGUGAAGAAAGAAGUUCCACUGGUACGGAUCAGACCAAUUGAAGGGCCGCGCCAACGCAUGGCUGGAAGCAACAGCAGCAAUACCAGCAAUACCAUCGCGACCGACGUCGUUGAAACUCCCCUUAUUACUAGCCCCUCCAUUGUAGAAGAAGAAGAAGUAAUUGAAACUCCACUGAAGAUCCCAGUUCUCCCUGACGAAGCAUCUGAAAAAUCUCCUUCUGAAAAGACUCCAGGAAUAUCCGCGACUUCGUCGUUUGUCACUCACAACUCGGCCUCAUCCCCAGCCCCUCCAUCAUCGUCGCGGAAAGAGACUUCAACUUUUGUUUCAGGGUCCACCUUCAGCAUUCCGGCCUCCCUUCUUCCUCCCGCGGAAAGCUUGAACCUGAACUUAUCACGCGAACUCAGCUAUCUAGGAGUGGCUAGCCCACCAAGCAUCGAUACUGCGCUUUUUGCCUACGAAGAAGACGAAAGGCAGAUCAAAAUAGACCGGCAUUCGUCAACAGAACCCACCAUAGCAGAGACUGGGCAUGCCAGCCCACCGAGUUUGAUAGAGACAGUUAUGCCAUUGAAGAAACCACCGCCUCCAGCCGACGUCGAGGAAUCAGAGUCUGAGGCAUCGGUCAAAAGUAGGUCCGAGCUCCGGCGAGAACUAAGCGUAGAUAGACCGUUCCGUGACGACGGAUUUCUCACGGGAGCAAGAUCGCAAUCUGGAACCGGCUCCAAGAAGUUACAGAUGUGGCUGGAUGAAGUCAAGCGGUCCAUUGAUAAUCAACGAAACCAGGCAUUAGCCGAUUUUGAUCGUUAUCAUAUUGGAGAGCACAAGUUCACUGAAGAAAAGUCUGACAAAGGCGACUCCUCUGCUCUGUCCUCUGCCUUAUCCGCUACGACUGAAGAAGCCAUACUGACAAGCAAACUGAUUAACAAGGCACUAAAGGAAACAAUCGAGAAAAGCAAAGCAGACAUGACGAUCACCCCAAAAGGUAUUCUCAAGAGCAAGGUAAUCGAAAAAGGGACGAUUAAAGACUAUUCUUUCGACCAUAACGACGACGAAGACGAGGAAUCGUCAGAGGUAUCGGAAGAAUACGAAACGUCCUCUGGAGAAGAUGGCCCAGUUUCUGACGAAUCUUCAUACGAAGAUCAGAUACCUGUAAAGGUCUUUGUUUCAAGGCGACACCGUGUUGACGACACCGAGGACGAGAACACUUCUGCUGCUAGCCGGUCCAGUUCAGGUUCGGAGAUUGUCUAUGAGACAUUGCGUCAGCUGAAGCCGGCGCUCUCCAGGGAUGAUACUCUCAAGUCCAACAGUUCCUCUCAGUUCUUCUACAGUAAAAUCUGCGACAUGAUGGGCUACGAAGAUGAGCUUGGCAACACCGAUGAAAACAGCAUAUCAGAAGGCACACAAGAGUCCCGUUCAACGGUAUCAAAGGAGAGCUUUCUUGUUUCGCGGGGUGGAUGGUUGUGCUUUGGUGACACCUUUUAAUGAAGCAAUCUAUGUACUGGUACAGUAUAUCCUCUUGUCAAAGGACUCUGUAUUGUAGGCUUUAUACCAUCCAGCCCUUUUCUUCUAUCUUCUAGCUAGG